CAUUUUCUGCUCUUAUAUCUUCAAGCAAGGCCAAACGCUCUCGCCCAACCGCUUUACUUCUCCGUUCUUGCGUAGAACAAACAUCACAUCGCCUAUUUUUCUUCUCUCUUUUUUCUCUCUAAACCUCUCUUCCCUUUCCGGCGCUGGAUUUUCAAGGCACUUUUGGGUUGAUUGGACGAUUGAAGGACAGAAUUGAAUUUAAAUCCUGUGUUCUCUUCAGAAUAAAGUAGCGCAUUCUGCUGUAUUGCAGUUAUAUAAAUUGCCUCAUUUUGGGAGAGCAAAAGUAUAUUAUGUGAGUUGUUGGAGAUGAUAGGAUCAAAACAAUCUAUCUUCUUAAAGUCGUAAAUUGGAAAUUCAAUGAGUUUGCCCAUACGAAUGUCUCUAUCCGUUCACCGUCAAUUAUUUUCAGUUUGAGAAGCUGCCUUUAUUGUUAUCCACUUCAUCUUACGCAAACAUGUUGCUGUUGAUAACCUUCUUUCAUUUGCAAGAGUAAGGGCAUGAAUCGAUUCACAAUGUUGGUGUCUUGACCUCCUAAAAUCCAAAUUCAAUGUACCCCUAAUUUGAAUAGCUAAUGAUUGUGGCUUUCUCCUUGAUUUUACUACAGUACAUAAUUCAUUUUAACUUUGAAGGAAUAUUGUUAUGGGACAUAGACAAUUCAGCACAUCCCAAAUGUUCGAGAGUGAACAGGAUCAGAAUUGGAAUCAUAUGCAUAUAGAGCAACCUUAUGCAAAUUUGGCUAGGGCCAGUCCUGUAGAGAAUGGUGCUUUCUUUUAUCCUGCAGAAAAUAUGUCUGUUGAUGGAGUGCAUUUUGCUUCUCAGUGGAACCCUGCACCAAUGACAAAUGCAUAUAUUUCCUCCAACCACAGUAUUGAAGUAUCACAUUAUCAACCAGAUGCUUCAGGCCCGUCUCAUGAUCCUUUCCUGCAUUCAUCAACAAUUGGAACCUUUUGUGCAGCUCCAGAAAAUCACGCAUGCCAUGCAUCUUCUUCCAAUUAUGACAGACAGACAUUUCAUAGUGUUGAGGGUGGCCUUGUUGACCUUACCAUGGGCAACGGAAGAGGGCCCCACAAGCGAAAAAGCCCUGGAGUCCCUUCUGCAUCUGAAGGGGGCAGUACAAGCAGAUACUAUGGUGCUGGCAGUUCCUCAGAUCCCCCUGUGUCUUCGGAGUUGUGGCCAGAAAAACCAAGUGUAGAUCCUCAAUACAUGGCCUGGGAAUGCAUUAAUAUGGCCCCUGGCAAUCAAGGCAACCUCUCAAUUAGGCCCGAUGGUUCUAUCAGGAAUGUGAGAAGCAGGCCUGCACUUGAUCUGGAAACCAACCUGGCUAGGACCCAUUUAUCUAGCAAUUCUUCCCACAUUUCUUAUCCUGCAAGCCACCCCUUUGACCAUUCUAGCUCGGUGGAUUUCUCAGGUCAAAGUUCCAGUGGUAUGACACAUGACUGGAGCCAUACCAGAAUGUCUCCUGCUUCUGGAAGGAUGCUAGUUUCUGAUGCUAAUGGUUAUAAUCACGAGACAAACCACUUCCUUGUUGGAAGCAGCAUAACUAAUACUUCUGCAGAUGUUAGAGGAUUUCACCAUGAUUUCAUUUCAAGUGGAAACCCUGUUGUUCCUCAAAGUUUCCAUAGUGCAUCAGCACAUUCUGUUAGAGGCAUUCGCAGUAGCUAUUCUCAGAGACCUAGUCCAACUUUCAGGGCUUCCUCCAGCAGUUUGCACUUGGGGCAUGUGGCACCUCUUGAUGAUGGCAUGUCAUUGGGUGCCGAAAAUUUCUCCUCCAGACAACCUAGGCUAUCAUCCGCUAUACCUUGGCGUAAUAGUGAUAGGAAUGGGAGAUCAAGGAAUUCUUAUGAUAGAUACCGAUCACUGUUCAAUGAGCCAGGUCUUCAUGAUCGAUUUUCAACUGAGGGUUUUAUGGUUGUGGAUCGCUCAGCCUUUAAUGGGUCCAGAAAUAUGUUUGAUCAGCAUAGGGAUAUGAGGCUAGACAUUGAAAACAUGAGCUAUGAGGAACUACUUGCACUGGGUGAAAGGAUUGGGCAUGUAAGCACAGGUUUGUCUGAAGAUCUGAUAUCCAAGUGUUUGACAGAAACGGUAUAUUGUUCUUCAGGCCAAGGCCAGGAUGAAGGAAAUUGUGUGAUUUGCUUGGAAGAGUACGAAGAUAUGGAUGAUGUUGGGUCGUUGAAAAUUUGUGGUCAUGAUUACCAUGUGAACUGCAUCAAGAAAUGGCUGUCAAUGAAGAACUUGUGUCCAAUCUGCAAAGCUCCUGCUGUGGCCGAUAACAUGAAGGAAUAAGUUAAUUAUUUUAUCAAAAAUUAUAUAUAUUUUUUUUAAAGGAAACUAUUUAUCAUUGUUGUAUAUAGGAAUUUGUCAAAGAAAGAAACAGAUGAACUGAUUUUUCUGGGGAAUAUUGUAGAUAAAUGCUAGUCAAUGUCAAUCAAUUUGUUGGAGGCUCCCAUCUCAAAUUAUGUGGAGGUCUCGGUAAUUGGCUGUCA